CAAAAUGAGCCGAAGACUCAAAAAACUUACAAUAAAGAAUACGAUCAACACAGGGAGAAAAAAGACAGAGAAAGGUAAAAUCGAGGGACAGGAACUACAGUUCUUCCUCUCAACUUCUGACAACAGACUUCAGAGAGUAAAAUCUGGCGCCAGACUGUUCAACAUCAUUCACAAAAAGCAAGAGAACAAGCGUCCGAUAGAGCUCAUCGAACAUAUCAUCCAGAAGCAAUCAACUCAGGACAAAUAGACUCUCUCAAGAAGAAAAGAAGGAUAUUGAAUUUAACCUAAAAGAGGUCUUCAAUAGCAACAUUGACAUGGCAAAGUACCUUGGCCACUCCAAGUUUGAUCCAUGUCAAGAGGUCAUCAAAGAGAAGAACAUCGAAGAGUUCUUUAAGCAAAAGUACAAUAUCCUCAUGAUGUACAUUGAUGAUAACCAGACAGAGAAGAAGCCGAAGCUUAACCUUAAGAAAAAAUCUAAAAGAGUUUACAGCCAAGAAAUAUUCAACCUCUCAGCAGUCCCUGAUUUAAAAUAAAACUACUUCAUCAAAGAGCAGAUUCUCAGGCUUCACUUCAGCUCAGGAGAAAGUCCAAGCCAUUGAGGAUGAGGUCUCCAGAGAGCUAGAAGAGGAAUGGGAGCAGAUACACAAACAGAAAACUGAGCAAGAAAAAAUGGACCAGAAUAUCCAAAGAUUUUAUGAAAAACUUCUAACUCAGAAGAAAUAAAGUGCAAGCUUUUAUCGACCCUCGGUCGACAAAAAUGCGCAAGAACUUUAAAGUUAUCAAUGAGCAUAUAGACACGAUGAAGAAGAUUGAUCCUGCAGCAAAGUUUUUGACAGACAACAGAUCUGGUACCAGUCAGAAUAAAGCAGCAAAGAGUAAUAUUAAAGUCCUUUCUGAGAUCCUGGCUACUGCUAAUCAAGACUCUCUUCCCUUUGGGAAGAAGAGUCCGUUUAAAGACCCAAAGCAGAAACGUAUACUAAAGAGGAAGGAAACCCAGAAAUAGCAGCAAGGAAUUAUUCAUUCCCAAUGAGAAUGAUUUUAUCGACGAAUAUGAACUAGAGGCUUUACAGCAUAGAGUAUUGUCAAAGAAUAUCAAACAAGGUUACAAGAGGAUUUCCUCCUUCAGAAGGUUUGAUUCGAUGGAUAAGAAUAACUCGAAAAAUAAUAUCCAAGCCUUCCAAGAUUUCAAAAAAUACAUGAGGCCUUCGACCUCGCAGGCAAUAUUGAAACAGGAAAAGGCUUCAAGAAGUAAGAAUUUACAGGGUAAUGAGCCUAAAUUUCUGAGUGAAUACCAGACUUUGCCAGAAAAAGAUGUUAAAACAUAUAAAGAUCUCCAAGUAGACAAACACCUUAUGCCAUUAGAGAUUAAUUAUAAAUACAAAGUUGACGAUUUUUAUACUCUCAAGAAGCCUCCUCCGACUGCAGCUAGCCAUCAGAGAGAAGCUCAAGCGAAGAAUAGGUCUGUUCAGACCUCCCAAGGAAGAAGAAUUCAUAACAUAAAGACAUCAUCCUCUGCUGUCCCUGUAAAAAGAAUGAGGAAUUUUCAGAAUUUUAGGACAUCAAGUGCAAAGAAAAAUGUAGAAAGUAUUCCAAGUAAAAGGCCUUGGAUACAGGACUCAAACUUCCCAGAAGAUUUUGCAAUCGAGAACACUCUGGGUCAGUAUCCGAGCAUGAUUCCCAAGAAUUUUGAAGAUCUUGCAGAUAAUUUUAUUCAAGAGUCUUCGAGCGAGUUCAUUUCAAGUAGUGCUACAAAAGAUCCAACAGAAAUGGUCCUUCAUAUGAAAGGCCCAAUAUAUUCAACUGCCAAGAGGAAUGAUGAAUCUCAUGAAAAUAGCGAGAAGAAUUGGAAAAAUAGAGCGUAUAUGGUCAAAACUAAAACAAACCAAUUUUUUAGACAAGCCAAGCACAAUUACAACUCUUUAUACACAAAGAUCAAUUUCUAA